AUGAAUGAAAAUACUCAGUUCAAUACUACUCAAAGAUUGAAUAAAAUAAGUAGUGAAUUAUUAUCUCAUGAAGAUAACGAUAAUUUACAGAAAUUUUCAUGUGAUACUUCAUUAUCAUGUUCAUCCCCAUCAGUAUCAUUAACAAUAUCAAUGUCUUCACCAUUAAAGAUAACUACAUCUAAACCAAUGUCUACAACUGUUACAACGACAACCAUGAACAAUUCACCUAAAUCAUCAUCAUCAUCAUCUUCAUCAUCAUUAUCACCAUCAUCAUCAACGAUGUUUAGUUCUAUGAAUUCAGUGAAACGUGCACGUUUUGAUUCAAAUCAAACGAAUAAUAAUAUUGAUAACAAAUCUUUUUCACCUAAUCAAUUUACAUGUCCAUGUGGUCGAACAAUGUUAGAUUCAAGUGAAUUUAUGGAGCAUGCUUGUCAAUGUCAUGAAUUUAUGAUGACUGCAUCAAAUUUCGCUGAAGUUAUAGCUAAAAAUACAGCAAUGGUUAUGUCGUCCGAAUGGAAUAAAUGUUUUCAAUCAGCAAAUUUGAAUAAUUUUUCAAUGAACAGCGUUCGCAAUAAUAAUAAUAAUAAUGACAAUAAUGUUUUAGUUAAAAACAAUGAAAAUAACAAAGGGAAUUCAAUUUUAUUCCAAUCAGCAUUAGACUUAUCAUUUCGUUCAAAUGAAAUUUCCUCUUCAUGCGUAUCCUCCACAUCGUCACCAUCAAUAAUAUCAUCCUUAAAUAUUUAUAAUAAUAAUAGUAAUAAUAAUACUACUAAUAUUAGACACGUAUCGUCGUAUGUCAGUUGUCCACAAUGUCCUUUCACAAGUACAGAUAUAUCAGUUCUGUGUAAACAUUUUGAAUUGGAACAUGAUAACAUUGGCCAAUUUACAUGCUCUAAAUGUAAUGAAUCAUAUGAUCAACUAAUAUAUUAUUUAAAGCACCAAUUAUUUGAUAAUUGUUUAAAUUCAUCCGAUUGUUUUGAUCGAUUCUCUUCACCUACUACUAUUACUAAUACUAAUACUAUCAUCACUACUGGUACAUCAUCAUCGUUGAAAACAAUGAUAACAUCAACAAAUACCGAUAGAUUACGAAAAGAUCAUCGUCAUUAUCAAUCCCAACAACAACAACAAUAUCAAAAUAGCCAUCGUCAACGUUAUAAUCAUUUAAAACAAAUGCAUCACCUUCCAAGAAAUCAUUCGUCAUCAUCAUCACCAACAUCAUCUCCGUCAAGAAUACGUUCUAGCAAUGAUCAAUAUCAUGAUGUUUCUAUGUUAGAUAAAAAAUUAAUAUGUAAUGCAUGCCAUCAAACUGGUUUUCAACAUACUGGUGAAUUAAUUAAUCACUUAACUGAAUGUCCAAAAUUUAUAUCGUUUACUGGAAAUAUUGGCAAUAUUAUUGGAAGCACCAUAACUAGUGAAUGUAAUACUACUAAUACAACUGCUACUAAUAUUACUGAUAUCAUUAAUCAUAGUAAUAGUAAUAAUAUGAAUUCUUUAAAUUUACAUAUGAAAAAUACACAAACACCUUCGACAAUUAACCAAUCACAACAGUAUAAUCAUGGUACAUGUGUAUCCCCAUUAUUGAAUGGAUUAAUUAAUAAUUCAACAUUUGAUUUUGAGAAAAAUUUCAAUGAUUUAUUAAAAUCAUCAUGUGGAUCAUCAACGUUUCAUAAUUACUUGACUACUACUAAUACUACUACUAAUAAUAAUAAUAAUCACUUUUCGUCGUCAAGUCGUUUACCAUGUAAUUCAACUCUUUCUGAUAAUAAUGACAAUAAUAAUAAAAAUUAUAAUCAUAAAAAUGUCAAUUUAUGUUCACCAUACUCAUCACAUGGUAUAAAUUCACAAAAUUCCUAUUCACAUUUCUUAUCAAAUCUACAAUCUCUUGGUAAAUCAUACUACAAUGAUACAACCAAAUCUUCAUCAACAACAUUAUCAUUGGAUAGUUCAAUAGAUUCUCCAAUGAUUGAAUUAAAUCUUAGUAAUAACGAUACCUAUAAUUGUACUACAUCUGUAAAUUCAUUACAUAUGAGUGAAUUCAAUACACAUCAACAUAUAAAUAGUCAUCCAGCACCUCUUUAUCAUGGUCGUAUGGAAGAAUUAAAAAUUGAUCAUCAUCACGAUCAACAUCAUCGACAAUCACAUCAAUCUCAGCAGAAUAAUUCAAUGAAUAACUUACCACUACCAUCAUCAACAACAACAACAUCUAUUGAAAAUAUAACAGAUUUGUCAAGACCAUUUAAAUGUUGUCAUUGUAUUAAAGCGUUCAAAUCAAAAGCAUUAUUAGAUCAACAUAUGCAUAUACAUUAUCCACCAAAAUAUACAUGUCGUUAUUGUGCUAAAAAAUAUCGUUGGCCACCAGUAUUUUAUCAUCAUCAGCGUACAUGUAAAAAACGACCUACAACAUCAACUGCAUGUACAAAUAAUGAUAUAAAUAAUACUACAAUAACUGUAACAAUGUCAACAAGUACUACUCAUAAUAAUCAACAUAAUAGUAAUAAUAGUUCAAUGAAACGUAAUCAUCACCAUCAUCAUCAUCAUAAUCUUAAUUAUUCAGAUAUUAGAAAAAAUUUCCCAAUUACAUCAGAUUCACUUACAAGUUUACGUUCAAUAAAUUCACAAAUGAAUGAUACAUUCUAUAAUAAUUUAACAUCAUUAAGAAAUUCCAACGGUAAUCUAAAUGGGAACGAAACGCUUUCAUCAUAUGGACAUUCUUUGUGUUUACCUCCAUUUAAUUCAAAUUCAUCAACAAGUUUAAUGGAAUUGUCUAACAAUUCAAAUAUAUUUCAUAAUAACAGUAAUAAUAAUAAUCAUGACGAUGAUGCAACUUUAAUGCCACCACCACAUUUAAAUAAUUUUACCGCGUUAGCAGCUGCUGCUGCAGCGGCAGCAGCAAUGAGUAUGCAUUUUCAAAUCCCACCAUUUUCAAAUAUACCACCGCCUCCUUUAGGAUUUACUAAUUCUUUCACGUCAUCUUCAACGGCUACAACAACGGCAACUUCGUUGACGAUGGUACCACCUUAUCAUCAUCCAAUGAAUACACCAUCACCUUCAAUAUCACUCCCGUCUUUACCGACAUCUUCAUCAUCUACACGACUUCAGUUCGGUUCCAAUUUAUUUAAUCAGUCAUUGUCAUCAUUUUCAUCAAUCAAUCGUUCAAAUUUAUUGCCACCAUUUACAAAUCAAUCAAUUUUUCAAUCAUCACAUUUUGUACCACCGUUAUUAAUGCCAAACUCAAAUGAAUCAAUUGAUUGUAACUAUUUGCCUGAACCUUCUUCUUUCCAGCCAGAGUUAAAUUUUCCAUUCAAUAGUGUUUUGUCAUCAAUUGCUUCAAAACUAACUACUACGGCAUCAUCAUCACCAAUGUCAAGUUUAUCUUCGCCAACAAAUAAUAAUCAUGCUAUAGAUGCCUCCAAUUCACAAGUCAAUAUAUUAAAUAAUCUAUUAUGUGUAUGUGGAGUGCGCUUUAAUGAAAUAUCAAGUUACAUAUCUCAUAUAUCUAAUUGUAAUUUUUUAAAAAAUUUAGUACUACAGUCAUUUUCAAGUACAUUAAGUCAAUCUGAAUUCCCAGUUCUACCAACAACCACAACAGUAACAACAUUGUUAUCAUCUCCGUCAUCAUCAUUAUCAUCACCAUCACCGCCAAUGAUGACAUCGUAUAAACAAACAUCAUCACUUUUUCCAUUUGAUACUACAGUUAUUUCAAAUAAAUUUCAUCAUCGAGAUGAUGUACAGAAUGAUGAUACUCAUCAUGAACAAUCAGAAAAAUGUAAAAAUUCAAUAGUUAACAAUCUAAUAACUUCAAAUGAUAAUUAUAAUUCAUUGAAUGAAACAAACAUUCAACAAGAAUCAAUAAAACAUGAAGAAAAAAUCAAUGAAAAAACGAAUUAUAAUGAAAUUAGUACUUUUGUUCAAAUAGAUCAAUUGAAUUCUUCAAAGAACAAUCAUGAAACGGAUCAAUUACAUAAAAAUAAUAUUGAUUUAAAGGAAUCCCCAAAUGAACCAAAUAGAAGCCCAUUAAAUUCAUUAUAUCAAAUUGAAAAUAAUCUACUAUCAGAUAGACAAGUAACUAUAAACUCUCAAAUAAUUCAUUCAUAA